AAAAUAUCGAAAUAAUUUGGUUUAAUAGAAUAGUCUACAAUUAAACACCUCCCCCUCUUCACAAAACCUACUCAAACACAACACAUUCCUCACUUGAGUCACUUCGAUCCUUUUCCUCUCAUCGAUUGACGAAACUCAGACCCAUGGCCCGCCUCUUACUGCUUCUUGUAGUUGGGGUUUUAAUCGACGGCGCGCAGACCGAAUCGGAGUUUAUCGCCACUGACAGCCCGAUCAGACAAGUCGUCGUCGACAAUUUGCUUUUUUUCCUUUAUAAGAAGCUCCCACAUACGCAAGGUCGGGGAUUGACGGGAGCAGGAGCAGCGGCGGUGGCGCAAAAGCUGGACUACGGCGGCCAUUUGCCCGAGACCCGGUUUGCCGAUGACAAAAGAUUCCGACUCCAAGCAGAUUUUGGUCUUUUCGUUUUAAUCGCACUAAUUGGGCAGUAUGCAAUACCCAUUCUCGAAGAGAAAUCUGUUUUGGGCACUGCAGCUCCUACAAUAAUAGCAUACAUGGACACCCAGCUCUGCGCAAUGAGAAUAUCACUGGAAAACUUCUCACAUUUGCUGGACGUCGUGUCUGGACUACCCAAGAGGCUUGCAGGUGAAGAUGCAAAUGUCGCCACUGUCCCCGUCUAUUUGAAUGGACCAACGACGUUGUUGAUAGAUUGGCAUUCUCAGAGGUUAGACCGUUUAGAGAGUCGUGAUGGAGGGGUUUGA